AUGUUCAGCUGUCGGAGGAAUACUCGUACUGUGUUCUCGAAACUGCUCAGGUCUACGAGCCAGUGUCGUUCUGCCAGUCAAGCAUCCACCGCAGCCCGGUUAAACAGGCCGGUAGAUUUCAAGAAGACGCCCAUCCUACAUCAGACACAGAACAGUGCUAGGGCUGCCUUCGGCCUUUCCCAAGACGCCCCUGUUGACUGGGUGAAUCUCCAUGGCGCGAUCAACACCACGCUGCAUCAUGCCCUGAAAACCGACGAGAGCGUACUGCUAUUCGGCGAAGACGUGGCCUUUGGAGGCGUCUUUCGAUGCACCAAGGGUCUGGCUGACGAAUUCGGUGCUGCCCGAGUGUUCAACACGCCUCUGACCGAGCAAGGCAUCGUGGGCUUCGCCAUUGGUUGUGCGGCGGAAGGAAUGAGACCUGUUGCCGAGAUCCAGUUCGCCGAUUACGUCUACCCUGCCUUCGAUCAGCUGGUCAAUGAAGCUGCCAAGUUCCGCUACCGAGAAGGAAGUACAGGCGGAAAUUGCGGAGGAAUGGUGGUCCGAAUGCCCUGCGGGAGUGUCGGACACGGGGCUCUGUAUCACUCCCAAAGCCCGGAAGCCUUGUUUACACACAUCCCCGGGCUACGGGUUAUUAUCCCUCGGUCACCAUCCCAGGCCAAGGGCUUGCUGACGGCGGCAAUCCUCAACUGCAACGACCCUGUCAUCUUCAUGGAACCGAAGAUCCUGUACCGAGCUGCAGAAGAGUUUGUGCCUCGAGAUGCCUACACGCUACCCUUGGACAAAGCCGAGGUCGUCAAGAAGGGCAAGGAUCUUACGAUAAUAUCUUACGGGCAGCCACUUUAUCUCUGCUCUGCAGCCAUUGAAGCUUUGGAGAAGGAGAUCAAAGGUCUGAGUGUCGAGCUUAUUGACCUGAGGGCAAUAUAUCCCUGGGACCGUGCCACCGUCAUGGAAAGUGUACAGAAGACCGGCAGAGCCAUCGUCGUCCAUGAGAGCAAUUACAACGCCGGUGUGGGAGCCGAAGUGGCCGCGAGCAUUCAAGAAGGAGCUUUUCUCCGGCUUGAGGCACCUGUGGCACGAGUCACAAGUUGGGGUACCCAUCAUGGCUUCAUUUUUGAGAAAUUCCAUAUUCCGGACAUCACAAGUAAGCAUAUUGGAAGCUCUGUUUCGAUUACGAGGUGCUAA